AUGCCUGGCUGUGUAGUACCAAAUUGCUACAAUUCUUCAGAGAAAAAAUUUAAAAUGUGUCACUUUCCCUUAAAAGAUCCGACAAGAUGUGCAGUUUGGGUUAACAAUAUUAAACGCAAAAAUUGGACACCAAACAAACAUUCAACGAUAUGUCAAGUUCACUUUGCACCUGAAGCCUGGGAACAACAUCGAGCUGAUGGAAUGUUAAAACUUAAAAAUAAUGCUGUUCCGACAUUAUUUGCUAACUCUGGAUCACUACAACAGUUAUUACCACAAACUCCAUCCAAAGUUCCAAGAUCCAAAGAUCCAGAGACCCAAAAUCAAACAAAAAUACCUGAUGCAGAAUUACUUUCGCUUAAAAAACAAGGUAUUGAAAUUAAUGAAAACCCAGCUAACAAAACUGAAAACAGUAAUACUGAUAUUAGCAGUGAAGCAACAAUAUCUGAAGAUGAAGAAGUCUUUAUGAUGCAACAAAACAAACUGAUAAGAAAUAAAAUUUUUGGUAAUUUAUGUCAGGAACAAAAGAUGAAAAAAUUACUUAAUCGUUAUACAAAAAGUGAGAAACUUCGUAAAACAACGAAAAAAAAACUUCUUCAAGCAAAACUUAAAAUCAAACGUCUGGAAAAGGAAAUACACACAAUGAAGAAAAUACCAAAUGCUAUAAGAACACUUUUUGACGACAAUCAAAUAAAACUUUUGUGUGGAGAUUACAAAAAAGUUCCCUGUUGGAGCAAUGAUGCUUUACAAAGAGCAUACCGAUAUAAAUUUGCAUGUGGCAGUACUGGUUACGAA